UUUGCCUGCAGGACAUUAUGCCACUAUGUGGACGUCUAGACUACAGGCGUUAUGCAAUUUCAGCUAAGAAAUAUUUGUGUUAAUUACAAGACAGCGUAGUCGCUCGAGAUCGUUCAUAAAGCAAAAAAUUAAGAACUUCGAAACCGGUUUGUUUUUUGUAUGAUUCAUCCAUUUUAACCUGACAUCCCCUUUAAAUUGGUUGGACACAGCUCCUUUUACGUUGAAUCAUGGCGAUUGCACACGUUGCGACAGAAUACGUUUUUUCUGACUUUUUAUUGAAGGAUCCAACCGAAUCUAAGUACAAAGGGUUGCGUCUGGAGCUGGCCGUAGACAAAAUAGUUACCUUUAUCGCGGUUGGUCUUCCUUUGUUACUCAUCUCCCUCGCGUUCGCCCAGGAGGUGUCAGUAGGUACUCAGAUCAGCUGUUUUGCCCCUACAAAUUUCUCGUGGCGACAGGCAGCUUAUGUUGACUCCUUCUGCUGGGCGGCAGUACAAGAGCAACAACCCAGUGUUGAUGGAGUCGAGGGGGCCCCCUUAUGGCUGCACAAGUUCUUCCCCUACAUACUCCUGCUGGUGGCCAUCCUCAUGUACAUCCCUGCUCUAUUUUGGCGUUUCACAGCCGCGCCCCACCUCUCCUCUGACCUGAACUUCAUCAUGGAAGAGCUGGACCGCUCCUAUAACAGAGCCAUCAGACUGACCAAGAACCUGGCAUCAUCUAUAGGCACCAAAGAUGUCUCUGACCAGUCCCCCAGUGUCCUGGACCUGACGGAAGGCUGCUUUAAAUACCCCCUGGUGGAGCAGUACCUGAAGACCAAACGGUUCUCCCGCUGGCUGGUGGUGAAGUACCUGGCAUGUCGGGUGUUGACUCUGCUCACCCUGCUGCUGGCUUGCCUCUACCUGGGCUACUACAUCCGCUUGGCCUCCAUCACAGAUGAGUUUGUCUGUGCCGUGCGGACCGGGGUUCUGAGGAACGACAGCGCGGUGCCGGCUGAGGUGCAGUGUAAGCUGGUGGCAGUGGGGGUGUUCAGGCUGCUCAGUUACAUCAACCUGGGGGUGUACAUCCUGCUGGUUCCCCUGGUGGUGUUCACUUCCCUGGGCCCCGCCCGCCAGAGCUCCCGCUUCCUCCGGCCCUACGAGAUGCUGCCAGCCUUCGGAGCUCUGGAACUGCACACCCCCUUUUACAACGACCUCAGCGUGUACCUGCUCUUCUUGGAGGAGAACCUCAGUGAGCUUAAGUCCUAUAAGUGUCUGCAGGUGUUGGAGCUGCUGAGAGAGGCAGGAGGAGAGGCCUUUGACACCAUGUGCCUGCUGCAGACUCUGGGCCAGGUAAAAACAGACAUGGUGGAUGGGAAAAAAUGCUCCAACAAGGACAUGAAAGACAGCACCAUGGCUGGAGACAAGGAGGAAGACAGCAACUCUUCUGAGCUGAGAGAUAUGUCUACAAUGUUGCUGGUUGAUGGACCCACGAAAGACAACAAAGACAAGACCUGCUGCAGUGGGAAAGAUGUACGCCAGAGAGUGGUGUAAAGUGUGUCUGUGUGUGUGGUAGUGCAUAUGUGACCACCAUGGCUCUUUAGGUUUAGGGCUUCUUGUGCUUCAUCAAUAACUUUGUUUUCUGUAAACAAAAGGUCUCUAUUUCUGUCGCCAUACUGUAUCUUUGUAUUUGUACGUCUACAAUGGCACCUGCUGUUCUUCUCAGGAUCAAGUCAAGCGCCUAUUCAUUUAUUCUCUGGAAUUCAAGCCAUUUAUUUUUCUAGAACCUAAUGCUGUUUACAGAAUUGUCCCUAUUCCCCUUAGAGAAGUUCUCUUUCUUUGCUGUUGUUUAGGGAUAGAAGGUGUUUACUGCCAGAGAUACAAGGUGUUUGUCUGACUCAGUCGAUCAAGAGUCAAUAUUAAUUAGAAAAACUGUGAAGAACAAUCUAGUUAGAAUUGUGUUUUAAUAUACAGUUUACAUGAACAAGGCCAUGUCUGAAGUUGAAUCAGUAACCAUCAACUUUGCAAGUGAGCGAAGUGCUGUACUCAGUGUAAAAAAAAUAUUUUUAGGGUUUUCAGAUUCUUUAAGAGUUCUUCAUUUAAUAAUCUCUUAAUCUCUGAUUAACUCAAUAUGUUUACGUAUCAGUGUACACAGUGAGUGAGUGAGUGUGUGUGUGUGUGUGUGUGCAUGCGGCAGGUUGCAAGGCCACUAAUAUUGUUAAGGUGCAGGAUAUUUGAACAACUGUAGAUGCAAUACUGGUGAUAAUGUUAUUUAGCAAUACUUCAAAAUGAGGGGGAUAUAUUGCUAUUGUUUUUACACACAGUAUUAGUUGCUAUUUAUUUUAAUUGUGGAUAGUCAUCUGUUUUCUUAAUGUAUAUUACAUACAACAGAGAGAAUUGUGCACUGACAUGACCCAUAUUGUUGGUAAACUAACAUCACCAGGCACUUCUAAUAGGUAUGUAAUAGGCAGUUUACUGGGAGACAGGAUAUUCAAGGUUGUUUUUAAGUAUGUUGCUUUACAUUGAAAUAAAUAGAACUGUUUUUCCAUUUGUUUAUUCUGAAUACUAAAUGCAUGACUAUGAUAAGCAUCAACAACUUAUUAAAAGGAUAUUUUAA